AUGGUUGAAAAGGUAUGAGACAUUAAAGUUCAUAGCAAUCCUGAUUGUAUUGUAAGUAUUGAAAAUGGGUAUUUGAUAGGCACUUAUGAGCUUAAUGAAGAAACAAGAGUGAAAACUGGGUCAAUUUUAGCAAUGGUGGAGAUGGAAGAGAAAAAUCGUAUGAUUUUGGACAAGGGAAUUAUGGAUAUCAAAAAAAUUGAUCAAACUUCUUUUCUUGCAUCAACAUCAGAAGGUGGAAUUGUAAUAUUUUCUGGAGAAAACCUAGAAAUCAAGGCUGAUUCGGUAAUUCAUGAUUUUUGUACGUCAUAUAUAUCAAUUUCGGAUGGAAUUUGCUGGAUUUCUUAUCUAGAUGGCACUGUUUCAGCAGUUGAUAUUAACACUUUGCAAACUUUGUAUUCAAUAAAGCCAAAUGCUUAUGAAAUAUGAAGCAUUUUUGCCUCAGAAAAUGAAGUUUAUAUUCCAACUUCUAUUGGAAAGCUAGAAAUUUGGGACAAAAGACUAGAAAAUUCUGCAUAUAAGCUUAAUAUCCAUACAGAAGAUAUAUGCAGUAUAGGGAUUAGCGAUAAUUGCAUAAUAACUGGAAGUUAUGACGGAGACCUCGCAUUUCUUGACAAAAGAACCUACCAAAUAAUAGAAAAACUCCACAUUGGCGGUGGGAUCUGGCGAUUUAUAAACACCGACAGCUACAUAGCAUGCGCCUGCAUGUACGAAGGCUACAAAUUCUACUGAAAAGCUUCCAAAGAAAUUUCCACAAUCCCUACAUCUUCAAUUGCCUAUGGUCUUGACCAAAUAAGCCCUACAAGCUUUAUUGGCUGCUCCUUUUACGACAGAGAGGUCUCGAAACUAACAUUAAAAACAGUCUUUAAUUCUACUUAA